CCCUAGCAACUCACAGAUAAUCCUCUUUCAGAGAUUUCCCAUUUCAGAAUUUUCGACAAAACAUUAAUUACUGCAUUUUUCGUGAUCUAGUUAAGUUUCAAUGGCGGCUAAGAGAAUUGAGGCCAUUGUAAUUCUGAUUAUUGCAGUAACAUUUUGGGAAGGAGCUGCAGCACAAUCAAGUGACUGCACUAAUGUGAUCAUCAGCAUGUCGCCCUGCCUAAAUUACAUUACAGGAAACUCGUCCAGUCCAUCUUCGUCAUGCUGCUCUCAGCUUUCCAGUGUCGUGAAAUCUCAGCCUGAGUGCUUGUGUCAAGUCAUCAAUGGCGGUAGCUCGUCGCUCGGUAUCAAUGUUAAUAUGACUCAAGCUACGGCGCUCCCUUCUGCUUGCAAUGUCCAGACUCCUCCUGUCAGCCAAUGCAAUGCUGCUUCUCCCUCAGGAUCUCCUUCAGGAACCACACCAUCCUCUUCAGGUGGGGGAUCAAAGACUGUUCCAUCAACAGAUGUGAAUAUAUCAGAUGGAAAUACUACAAAGCUCACAUUUUCUAUGCUUCUGGUGUUGCUCUUCGUUGCAUCUAUUCAGUUUUAAUUUUUCUGCCAUUUUGCAUAAAGAAAAACGUUUGCUACAAUCUUAUGGAGUUCGAGUGAUGUAUUGUGUGAUUAAUUGAUAUUUAUUCAUUUGGGAUUUAUUGUAUUAUUCUCUUCUCAUUUUUAGAAUAAAGUUUAUUAUAAUGCUCAAA